GAAAAUCCCCACACUCUCAAUUUCUUGCUACAGCCCUUGCAGAACAAGAAGGAUGGUUUUAUUUUCUGGCGAUUUCUUAAGUCAUUUAAGCAGAUCCACCAAAGAAGAGAAUGAGGAUUGGUUAUCCAGGGAUGGAGACAAGGUGAUCUUUUCCUUCUUGUGGACAUUUGUAGUUAAUAUACUGUAACCCGGCACAGGCAAGUCCUUUAUGAUCCCAGCCAAGGUUGGUUCUCUGCCAUAACUUACCAUCCUAGUGUAAACUCUUCUGAAGUCCAGACACUGUCUUUAUUGUGUACACAUUGUCAUGAAAAACAACCCCUGCUUACAGUCCUGUUUUCCUCAUUCCUGAAACCUCCUAACCCGGUUGACUCGUCGGAGUGCAUUUCAUGCAUUCUUAGCAGAUGGGCUGAAGGAAACGCCUAGUUCGCUCGCAGCUAGAGGCUAGAAAGCAUGUAAGGAGUUCAUGAACGCUGCUUGUCUCCUCUUGCAGUCACUGCAGAGUGCACUCAGCCUGCCGGGGGAAGGAUCCCAAACUGCUGGGCACAGCAUGAGCAUCCCACAUCUGGAAAACCCCACUGGUGUGACGCCGCUGCUGACAGCGAGCUAAGGUGAAGCAACUACUGUCAGGCAUCUUGCUGUGGAAGUCCGUGCUGACAGUGCUCAAGGGGCUGGUGGUUACUGAAAAUGGAAGAAACAAGGAAGCUCUCUCCAAAGCCGUGUAAAAGCAAAGAACCCGUGAAAACAGAAUGGGGCGCUCAGAGCGUUGUGUUUACCUAUUUCCAAGGGGAUAUUAACAGCGUGGUGGACGAACACUUUUCCAGGGCUCUAAGCAAUGCCAAGAACCCCCAAGACCUGAGCACGAAGCACAAGGAUGAGACUGUUGUCCUGAAGAAUGAUAGCGCAUCGCCCCAUCAGUGGAAUUUCUCUGCACAUUGUUCCAAAGCAUAUCCAUCAUCUUCUGCACCAAGCGUGUCCAAUUCAGGUCUGAGUUUUGCUGCUGCUGCUGGUCUGGCAGGCCAGUACCAGCCACCAGCUCUGCGGAGUCAUCCAGCCCAGCCUGCAGACUUAUGGCCUUUCCCUUCGAUUGGGACUCCCAGUCUCCCCAGUUCUGUGUAUCAUCAUCAUGCCUUGCCUGACCUGCAUGUGGGAGAUGAACCCGUCUCUGACAGGAAAUACGGUUCUCUUCUUGGUCUUCUGCAACAGGAAAAGUGCCUAACAUCCAUGCAGGAAUGUCCCAUGAAGCAACACUCAAGUUCUGCUUGUAUGACUGGACCUGCUAGGUUACAAAAUAUAAGCCAAAGUUCAGCUCCUGGGGGAGAGAGGAAAGCAAGCUCUUACCAAGGCUCAGAGAAUCCCAGCGGAAGCCACGCCACCGCAGGCAUUCAGAUCCACGACAGAAGAAGAGAUUUGUACUUUUAGCCACUGGAGGGUUCUCCUUCAUUCUGAACGAGGAAGUUCUUGCUGUGAACUCUUACUAUUUGCAACUGUGAACCAAGAAGGGAACUGCAGCUAUUCCGUGCUCUCUCUGUUGGAAGGAUACACAUGCUAUUUACUAGUUGAGGAGUGAAGAAUCAACCUUUUCUAUACAGUAAAUAAUUUCUAAUAGCUGUGGGAUUAAACCUGACUUUGUUGUGAAGAAAUAUUGUCUACUGAAGGCUUUUCAUGUAGCCCUCCUGAAAAGACUCUUAGCACUUCUUAAUCCAUGUAUUCACUUACCAUCUCUUGAUAAGAAUCACAGUUCUUAUCAGUGCAGUUUCUAACUGGUAAGUGCAGGGAUGCAGUUUGAAUUUGCAUAUGCAGAUGAACAUGACAUAUAUAUAUAUAUAUGAAUAUGCAGAUGAAUUUGGCAUAAAUUCAGUGCUACAGGUUCUCAGCUUGAUUUGAUACCUCCGUAUCAUUUUAAAUAGUCUUAGGCCAGGGGCAAGAGACUUCCAGACAACCACGGGUCAUGCUUAUGGUUUGGAAGUACACUGAUUUGUAACCAUACUUGCAAUUCAUAGGGGCAUUCUUCAGAAACUAUAUAAUGUGCAUAUGCCCAAAGGCUCUGUUUUGCCUUCUUAUAAUGUAUCCUCUAGAAAACAGUGAUUUAACACUAAAUCUGGGAGGAAAUUUGGAUCCUUAUUAGGUGCAAUUAGAAUACCCUUGAGCAAAAGCUGGAGGGGGGAAUGUUCUAUUUUCCCAACCUCUCUGCAGGCUUAAGAGCUUCUGACCAAGCAAAAAUCAAUUCCUCCAUGGUAGCUGCAUCCCACAGACCUCAGAGGGGCUGAAUGUGGGUUCCAUGCAGUGGCAUCCAUGAACCGUGCAUUGAUCCUGCACGUUCAGAUCCCCUCCUUGCUUCACCACUCGCCCUUGGCAACUACAUCUGCUGAAGCUGCUGGGAGUCAAACGUCCUGUGACGGGUGUUCAGGUCUGUGUAUGUUCAGGUAUGCACUGAAGAGAGACUGCUCAGCCUUUGUUGUGAAUCCUAAGGAUAAAGAUUUGGGUUUCAAUUUUCCUUAUCCAUUAGCUAGACA